AUGAUAUUAGCUUCAGAGAAACUCCUCUUCAUGAUAUUUGCUUCAGAGAAACUCCUCUUCAUGAUAUUUGCUUCAGAGAAACUCCUCUUCAUGAUAUUUGCUUCAGAGAAACUCCUCUUCAUGAUAUUAGCUUCAGAGAAACUCCUCUUCAUGAUAUUAGCUUCAGAGAAACUCCUCUUCAUGAUAUUUGCUUCAGAGAAACUCCUCUUCAUGAUAUUUGCUUCAGAGAAACUCCUCUUCAUGAUAUUUGCUUCAGAGAAACUCCUCUUCAUGAUAUUUGCUUCAGAGAAACUCCUCUUCAUGAUAUUAGCUUCAGAGAAACUCCUCUUCAUGAUAUUUGCUUCAGAGAAACUCCUCUUCAUGAUAUUUGCUUCAGAGAAACUCCUCUUCAUGAUAUUAGCUUCAGAGAAACUCCUCUUCAUGAUAUUUGCUUCAGAGAAACUCCUCUUCAUGAUAUUUGCUUCAGAGAAACUCCUCUUCAUGAUAUUAGCUUCAGAGAAACUCCUCUUCAUGAUAUUUGCUUCAGAGAAACUCCUCUUCAUGAUAUUUGCUUCAGAGAAACUCCUCUUCAUGAUAUUUGCUUCAGAGAAACUCCUCUUCAUGAUAUUUGCUUCAGAGAAACUCCUCUUCAUGAUAUUUGCUUCAGAGAAACUCCUCUUCAUGAUAUUUGCUUCAGAGAAACUCCUCUUCAUGAUAUUAGCUUCAGAGAAACUCCUCUUCAUGAUAUUUGCUUCAGAGAAACUCCUCUUCAUGAUAUUAGCUUCAGAGAAACUCCUCUUCAUGAUAUUUGCUUCAGAGAAACUCCUCUUCAUGAUAUUUGCUUCAGAGAAACUCCUCUUCAUGAUAUUUGCUUCAGAGAAACUCCUCUUCAUGAUAUUUGCUUCAGAGAAACUCCUCUUCAUGAUAUUUGCUUCAGAGAAACUCCUCUUCAUGAUAUUUGCUUCAGAGAAACUCCUCUUCAUGAUAUUAGCUUCAGAGAAACUCCUCUUCAUGAUAUUUGCUUCAGAGAAACUCCUCUUCAUGAUAUUAGCUUCAGAGAAACUCCUCUUCAUGAUAUUUGCUUCAGAGAAACUCCUCUUCAUGAUAUUUGCUUCAGAGAAACUCCUCUUCAUGAUAUUUGCUUCAGAGAAACUCCUCUUCAUGAUAUUAGCUUCAGAGAAACUCCUCUUCAUGAUAUUUGCUUCAGAGAAACUCCUCUUCAUGAUAUUUGCUUCAGAGAAACUCCUCUUCAUGAUAUUUGCUUCAGAGAAACUCCUCUUCAUGAUAUUUGCUUCAGAGAAACUCCUCUUCAUGAUAUUUGCUUCAGAGAAACUCCUCUUCAUGAUAUUUGCUUCAGAGAAACUCCUCUUCAUGAUAUUAGCUUCAGAGAAACUCCUCUUCAUGAUAUUUGCUUCAGAGAAACUCCUCUUCAUGAUAUUUGCUCCUGACGUUGUAUCUAAAGAAUGA